UUUCCGACCUCCGUAGCGUAGUCGGAUGCACACCGGCUUACGGUGCGAGGGGUUCUGGGUUCGAGUCCCGGGUAAGGCAUGGGUGUUAAUUUACAGUAAGAAAUUUGAUUGCUACGAUAGGAUUAAGAUUGGAAUGAUUUAGUUCUGGUUGUGGGCGAAAGCCGUUAACCAUACAAACAACUAAAAAAAAAAAAAAAAAAAAAAAAAAAAAAGUCAUUUUUUUUCGUUAUUAUGACAGAAUUGAUGAACUAAGUUAAAGUGAAGCGGAAAUAAUGAAGAUGAUUACUACCCGAAUAAAUCGUUUUUGUUGGGGCAUUUAUGUAGAAGUAUUGUUUUAUGUCAGUUUCUUAUUAUGACGUACCUAGUCUUGAAUAACUUUUCCUACUUACAGAACUUUACAUUGUAGGUCAUGCUUAAAAUAUUUUUGCGGUCGUCUUUAAAUUCUAUUUACCGAUACACUUCGUAUGCACAUGUAAUUAAAGUAUCAGGGAAAAUGCAGAAUGUGUAUUUUCGUCACACAGAUGGUGCGGAUCAUUUUGAGGUUACAUUUCACUUCAAGGAUGAACUGAAAGGAAUUAAUCGCGCAUUCAAUUUUUGUAGACAAGUGUCUGAGGGGAUUGAUGUAUUUUUAGCGAGAGUAGGGGCUAAUCUUGAACGUGCAUUGAAUAAAAAGAAGAAGAAAAAGAAAGGCACCAUUGAAGAAAGUGAAGCAGUUGAAGUAAAAGUGCAAUUACUAGAAAAUGGGAAACCCAUUUCAAGAGACAUUUCUUGUAAAGAUGUACUUUUAAACAAUAGUAAUUUUACACUUGAUGUUUUGGGAACUAGUUAUUCAAUAGUUGUGAAUGCACCUUGGGUAGUAUCACUUGCUUUGCCAAACAGCAUAAUGGCAGGUUUUCCUGUAUACCCUAGUAAAUUUCGAGUUAUGUUUGCUGAAACAAGAGGCUGUGGAUUUCAGUGGUUUAAGAAUGAUAAGGGCAAAGAUACAAAGAAGGUGAAUAUCGAAGGAGAAAGUUGGCUGGAGGUGGGUACAGGAUAUUUUUACACCCCACUGGCUAGAGAUAUUGGGCACAAAUUGAAAGUAAUCUGUACUCCGAAGAAGUCUGAUGAACAAGGUCCGCCAUACGAAGUGGUGUCUAGUGGCAGUGUUGAAGCUGGUCCAGGAUUGUGCCCAUUUGAAAGUAGGCAUUUGUUUACUCAAGAGUAUUUAACAGCUGAAAGUUUCAGAGUUGUGUCGUACAACAUCCUUGCAGACUUGUACGCAGACUCAGAGGUGGCGCAUACGCAGUUGUAUCCGUACUGUUUGCCGUACGCUCUGGACAUUGACUACAGGAAGCAACUCAUUCUCAAGGAACUUUUAGGUUACCACUCUGACAUCAUCUGUCUCCAAGAGGUUGACUCAAGAGUGUUCGACCAUGACCUGGUCCCAGUGAUGGGUUCUGUGGGGUACGACGGAGUGUUCCACAGGAAAGGGGGAACUGUCAACGAAGGAUUGGCUGUGUUGUUCCGCACUUCGAGGUUCAAGUUGAGUGAUUCCCAGAAUGUGCUGCUCUCGGAGGAGGUAAAGACGAACGCGGUGUUCUCGGACAUCUGGAAGAGGGUGGAAGGGAACCAGGUGCUGGCGGAGAGGUUCCUGGCGCGGAACACGUGCGUCCAGUGCGUGGUCCUGGAGGCGGGAGGCGGGGAGCGGGUGGUGGUCGGCAACACCCACUUCUACUUCCACCCGGACGCUGACCACAUCCGCCUGUUGCAGGGCGGGAUGGCAGUGCUGUACCUGCAGGAUGUGUGCACCAGGCUGUGCUCUCUGCCUGAGGGGAAACGCGUCUCUCUGGUGUUCUGUGGGGACUUCAAUAGCACGCCAGACUGCGGUGUGUACCGGCUGAUGACGACCCAGUUUGUGCCCGAGGACUAUCUCGACUGGAAGAGCAAGCCGGAGGAGGAGGUGGAGGGGUUGUCUCUGUCGCAUUCGCUGAACAUGCAGAGUGCGUGCGGCACACCCGACUUCACCAACUUCACCGCCGGCUUCCAGGGUUGCCUGGACUACAUAUUCUACCAGAGCGACCAGCUGGAAGUGACGCAGGUGGUGCCGCUGCCCUCUCUGGAGGAGGUGACUCAGCACACGGCGCUGCCGAGCGUCGUGAGCCCCUCGGACCACCUCGCCCUGGUGGCCGACCUCAGGUGGAGGCCAGUGUAACCGAGUCCACGUCCCUCUGCAGGUGGUGCCGCUGCCCUCUCUGGAGGAGGUGACUCAGCACACGGCGCUGCCGAGCGUCGUGAGCCCCUCGGACCACCUCGCCCUGGUGGCCGACCUCAGGUGGAGGCCAGUGUAACCGAGUCCACGUCGCUCUGCAGGUGGUGCCGCUGCCCUCUCUGGAGGAGGUGACUCAGCACACGGCGCUGCCGAGCGUCGUGAGCCCCUCGGACCACCUCGCCCUGGUGGCCGACCUCAGGUGGAGGCCAGUGUAACCGAGUCCACGUCCCUCUGCAGGUGGUGCCGCUGCCCUCUCUGGAGGAGGUGACUCAGCACACUGCGCUGCCGAGCGUCGUGAGCCCCUCGGACCACCUCGCCCUGGUGGCCGACCUCAGGUGGAGGCCAGUGUAACCGAGUCCACGUCCCUCUGCAGGUGGUGCCGCUGCCCUCUCUGGAGGAGGUGACUCAGCACACUGCGCUGCCGAGCGUCGUGAGCCCCUCGGACCACCUCGCCCUUGUGGCCGACCUCAGGUGGAGGCCAGUGUAACCGAGUCCACGUCGCUCUGCAGGUGGUGCCGCUGCCCUCUCUGGAGGAGGUGACUCAGCACACGGCGCUGCCGAGCGUCGUGAGCCCCUCGGACCACCUCGCCCUGGUGGCCGACCUCAGGUGGAGGCCAGUGUAACCGAGUCCACGUCCCUCUGCAGGUGGUGCCGCUGCCCUCUCUGGAGGAGGUGACUCAGCACACUGCGCUGCCGAGCGUCGUGAGCCCCUCGGACCACCUCGCCCUGGUGGCCGACCUCAGGUGGAGGCCAGUGUAACCGAGUCCACGUCCCUCUGCAGGUGGUGCCGCUGCCCUCUCUGGAGGAGGUGACUCAGCACACUGCGCUGCCGAGCGUCGUGAGCCCCUCGGACCACCUCGCCCUUGUAGCCGACCUCAGGUGGAGGCCAGUGUAACCGAGUCCACGUCGCUCUGCAGGUGGUGCCGCUGCCCUCUCUGGAGGAGGUGACUCAGCACACUGCGCUGCCGAGCGUCGUGAGCCCCUCGGACCACCUCGCCCUGGUGGCCGACCUCAGGUGGAGGCCAGUGUAACCGAGUCCACGUCGCUCUGCAGGUGGUGCCGCUGCCCUCUCUGGAGGAGGUGACUCAGCACACUGCGCUGCCGAGCGUCGUGAGCCCCUCGGACCACCUCGCCCUGGUGGCCAACCUCAGGUGGAGGCCAGUGUAACCGAGUCCACGUCGCUCUGCAGGUGGUGCCGCUGCCCUCUCUGGAGGAGGUGACUCAGCACACGGCGCUGCCGAGCGUCGUGAGCCCCUCGGACCACCUCGCCCUGGUGGCCGACCUCAGGUGGAGGCCAGUGUAACCGAGUCCACGUCGCUCUGCAGGUGGUGCCGCUGCCCUCUCUGGAGGAGGUGACUCAGCACACUGCGCUGCCGAGCGUCGUGAGCCCCUCGGACCACCUCGCCCUGGUGGCCA